AUGGGGGAAGAAGGCGGCGGCCGCAGCUGUGGGACCACUAGGGAGCUGCAGAAGCUGAAGCAGCAGGCGAUGGAGUAUUACCGCGAGAACGACGUUCCGCGCAGGCUGGAAGAGCUGCUCAACUCCACCUUCUACCUCCAGCCUGCCGACGUCUACGGGCACCUGGCAAACUGCUUUUCUAAACUUGCAAAACCUCCCACCAUAUGCAAAGUCGUGGGGAAAAAUGUGCUGGAUGGACUUGGGCUUCCAACCCUCCAAGUGGAAAUAUUCUGCACCAUUCAAAAUUUUCCCAAGAACAUAUGUUCUGUGGUGAUCUCAACUCACUUUGAAGUCCAUGAGAACGCUUCACCUGAGCUAGUUGAAGCCGAGGAAUUAGAAAGGUUGGAUGCUGUCAGCACCGCAGUGCAGUGGGUCAACGAAACCAUCACUGAGGAGCUCCAGGGCCUAGUGCCCUCCAACCAGGCUGAGGUGGAUCAGGUGCUCAGGACAUUCUUUGAAAAUAAAGUACAAGAAGAUAAGGAGAGAAAAGAAUUGGAAAAGAACCUAGAAGACUCAACAGUGCUUUCACCCCAGCCACCACCACCCCCACCUCCUCCUCCACGUCCAUCCAGGAAAAAAGGACAAAAGCAAGGUCAGAUGGAGACUGCUGCAGAAAAACCAGUUAUACCUGCAGAACCUCCUGAGCCUGUCCUCUGUGGCAGCAUGGCCAUAGGGGCCGUGUCACUGGCUGUUGCCAAAACCAGUGCCGUGCUGGACAAUAAUCCUCUCUACCUGAACAUUGCAUUAUUGAAGCACCAUCAGGAACAGCCAGAAAAGCUAACUAUACCUCUUCUGAUGGUGUCGCUGGUCAGCUGUGGGAAGUCAUCACCUGGGAAGCUGAAUUUGAUGAAAGAAGUGAUCUGUAUACCCCAUCCUGGAUUAACAGCUAAACAAGGUGUGAAGAUGCUUCUGGAAAUUCAGAAACACAUCAACAAAGCAGUUGAAAUGUCACCCCCUCCAAAGCCAGAGGUGAGAAAAAGUCAUGAUGGAGGCAAAAGAGGCCAACAGCAGAUCACCGGCAAGAUCUCCCAUCUUGGCUGUUUAACCAUUAAUUACGACACUAUAGAGCAGCCACUGCUCCUAAUACAAGGAAUCUGUGCAAACCUGGGGCUAGAAUUGGGAACAGACCUGCAUCUAGCCAUCAACUGUGCUGCACAUGAGCUGAUGGACUAUAGUAAAGGAAAAUAUGAAGUGAUGAUGGGGACCUACAAAAAUGCAACUGAGAUGGUUGACCUGUAUGUGGAUCUGAUCAACAAGUUCCCUUCAAUUAUUGCCUUAAUUGACCCUUUCAGGAAGGAGGACUCUGAACAGUGGGACAGCAUCUAUAAUGCUCUUGGUUCCAGGUGUUACAUAAUUGCAGGCACCGCAUCCAAAAGCAUCUCUAAACUGCUGGAGGAGGGCAACAUCAGCAUCCUCAAAUACAGCGGGCUGAUCAUAAAACACACAAACCAAACCACCAUGUCAGACCUGGUGGAAAUAACCAACCUCAUCAACGGUAAGAAGCACAUCGCUGUGUUUGGAAGCACAGAAGGAGAGUCGUCUGAUGACAGUCUUGUCGAUUUGGCUGUUGGACUUGGUGUCCGGUUUAUCAAGUUGGGAGGUCUUUCUCGUGGCGAACGGGUGACUAAGUACAACCGCCUCUUUACUAUAGAGGAAGAACUUGGCCAGAAUGGAACACUGGGCUUCAAUGAAGAACACACAUUUUUCAACUGGAAUGAGGAAGCUGAAAAGGCUGGUGAGCUGCCCGAGGUCCCUGAGCCCAUCUUCCCCACAGAAGUUGCAGAGGAACUUGCCAAACUUUGA